GUUGAAAACGACAUGGGGGCUGAAAUUGCAUGAGCGCCGCCAUGACGGUGUAAAAGUAUUUACAUGCUGUUAGAAACAGUUAUACACCACGGAGAGUUUGACGCGCCAUAUGCGAACUCUUUGAUAACCAUUCUGACGAUUGCGAGUCUUAUGACGUUAUGUCAGUGUCAGAACAAAAGUGACGCAAUUCGGUUGCGCACGCAGCUUUUUAAUGAAACGGUAUAUGACCACAGGAUUCGGCCUACAAACAACCAGUCUGCUGCCAUAGAGGUGGCUAUGGAUUUAUACCUUUAUGCCAUUAACGAGUUGAGCGAUAGCACUGAGACGCUUAAAACCACAGGCUUCCUGGCGGUGGAAUGGAACGACGCCUUCCUACAGUGGGAUCCGGAUGACUUUGGAGGCAUCUCCCUUUACCAUUGGCCGCAGAAAGAGGUUUGGAAACCGGACAUUGCGCUAAAAAACUCGUAUCUUGAUUACAAGACGCUUGGAGUUGAUGAUCUUUACAUUGAGAACUAUAACGACGGUUAUAUGGUUUGGUACCCAUUUCAGGUUUUCCAGACAACGUGUUCAAUGGACAUAACAAACUUCCCAUUCGAUAAGCACACUUGCAGCUUGCAGUUCCGGGCAUGGAGUUAUACUGAAAAAGAGGUAAACAUUCUGAGCAGUACGGAAGGUAUCUAUGAGGUCGUUUUAGAGGAGAACUCCGCCUGGAAAGUUCUUGAAACAAGUUCGAGCGUCGCGGUCGAGGAAACCGUAGUCACAAAAACCUUUACGCUCAAACUACAACGUAAACCACUGUACUUUUGCCUGACGGUUAUUCUACCUAUAUUCAUGCUGGCCAUCUUGGAUAUUUGCGUGUUCUUGCUGCCGUGCGGAAGUGGAGAGAAAGCUAGCUACGCAAUGACGGUGUUUCUGUCGUUCGCUAUAUUUUUGACGAUCGUGUCCUCCACUCUGCCGCAGAAUUCCAAAUCCAUUGCGAUAAUUUCAGUGUUUCUUAUAAUUCAGACAGUUUCGAGUACUUUGAUAACGUUCAUUGCCCUGUGGAUGUUGCGUCAGAAUAGCCUCGGGGAGGAGGUGAAGACUUGGUGGUUUGCUGCAGUCAUUCGAGUUAUGAAGGGUCGGCGAAAACGGGGUCAAGUUGCACCAAUCGAAUGCGCUACCGAAGAGGUGAAAAUUGAACUUGAUGAGAAAGUUCCACAUAAAAGUGAUCAAAAAACAGUUGAACCAGAGUUCACAAUGAAAGAAGUUGUUCACUUUCUAGAUGAAGUAUUUUUAAAGAUUUUUGCAAUGUUAUUAUUUUUAUCGGGCGUUAUCUGUUUUCCACUGGCGUAUGCAAAUAGCUAAACCACAACCCAAUGCACAAGUGGUUUUUAUAUCUAAUUCGAAAGUAAUAUAAUUGUUAGCCAGUUUCAGCAAAGUGUAUUAGAGAAUGCAAGUUUACCUUUUAAAUUUAUUUUAAACACUCAAUAAAUAGUUAAGAUGUUAUAGGUUUUUUAUAGAAAAUAAUACUCACCCAAAAAAAUCCUUACAGUCUGCAAACUACACCACAAUGUGACGAUGACUGUUGAAAUCUUAUGCUGAAGGAAUACUGUAUUUAAUUAAGUAAUGGAAAAAGAGGUAUUUGUUAUAUGUUUGUAUGUCGAUACAUAAACCAGUAUUGUUGUAUCGCCAACUUCUUAUCACUUCUGUUUGUCUAAGAGUACACUACUUUGUUGUUGAAUAGUGUACCAGGUGGAUUAAAGCAAUUGAGAAUAGAAGGACACACAAUAUAGCUACACUCGCUUACAGCUGCAAAGAAUAGCUUUCACUGUAUGUUACAUACAUGUUGUUGAAAAGGCUUCCUAACAAGGGCUAAUAUCUAUUCAAAGUUGUUUCCAAUUUAUAUACUAGUAUCAUAAAAUUAUGUCAAACACAUACAACUACUUGUUUGUUUUGUGUGAUGUAUUUGUUAAGGUGUUACGAUUUGGGACUUUCAUUAAUAGUCUUACACAGUGGUAGGUGCUGAUAUUGUCGGGACGGUGGCCGGGCUUGGACAUCAGUUAUUGGUAGGGAUUGACCCAAUAUUAGGAGCAACCAUGUCUUUGUACGCUACUGUUUCUGAUAAAAGUAGAACAAUCUAGUAGUAAUUAAAUUAAAGGAUAAAUUAAUUACCUCCUCCUGGCAAUACUUUCAAAAGAUAUUUUCUAGCGAUCGAAAUUAAUUAUAGCAUUUUUACAAACUACACAUUACUGUGCUGUAAUUUCCAUGUACAUAAUGCACAAUAUUGCUGUUUAUCUAUACUUUAUACUCUUGAAAGUACUAACCCUUUUACAGUGAUAUAUCAACUAGAGGAAUCGUGCUCGUGUGGAUUGCUCGUACAGCCGGGAAAACUAGUUGAUGUUAUCACUGUAUACAGUGCUCUAAUCCAUUUUUACUUUUUGUUAAUUAUACAUGAAAUGGCUUUUGUAAAUAAUUGUUCAAAUAUUGUACCCAUUAAAAACUUUAAUGCUUUUAUUUCCAGAUUACCAGCCCUUUGUUAUGUUUUGAUAUGUUAUCUAUAUU